AAGAAGGUCAAGUCAACAGUUUCCAGUGACCAAAGUUUAGAACUAGGCAAAAUUAUAGAUCACUUAAAUGAAAUUAAUAAGCGUGUUGAUGCACGUGAAAAUUUUAUCAACAAACUAGACAAAGAUUUGGCGCGGGCCUUGUCGGAUUUUGAAAUAAACAUCUUACAUGAUAGACUAGCGGAAGCACAUAUAAACGCGGAUUUACCAAGCACUUUGAACAGCCACCUAAAGCAUGAAUUGACCGUUGUAAGGAACGAAAUCAACCAACUUAGAGAUGAAUUUAGCACGAAAGUUAGCAAGGCUGAGUCUGAGUUAAUUAAGCUAGCCUACGUGGCAGAGUUGGAUCGUUACUUGAAGAGAAAGGCAACCUCGUUAAAAAAGUCAAAGAGCUAG